ACACACACACACACACACACACACACACCACUGACCGCUGCCAGCAAUGUUCUUUUUGCAUAGCAGGAAAAUGAAACUGCUAUUUGCAUUCAGAAUUUCUGAGGGCCAAGUUUCCAUUGACAACAUGUCAGUGCUAUGUGUUUGUGUUCUCUCAUCUGUUCCUCUGGACAUCACAUAGACAAGGGUGUCUAUUGAAAUAUGUAUCUUUAUUUCAGUAAGAUAUUAAAAAAAGGCAUCCAUGCCAAGUAUCAACACAUUGAAGUCUGCUCCUGGGUUUCCAGAUGUUCUGUAUGUGCUGCUCAGCCUGCAUUUAAUGGCUCAUCAGCCAGUAAGACAGGUUUGUUUGGGAGUGUCGGCUUCUGACUCAGCCACAGGACUGCCAGAGAAACAAGCUAAUGUGAUAGUAUGCUAUAUGAUAUUGCUGGUCUUAUUAUGAGUUUUUAAGGGCCAGUAUCAAAAUGUCCCCAUUUAAUCUAAAUAUCUCUCCUUGCGAGGAUUCAAAGGAACAUCCCACUGAUUGUACAUAGUUCAAUUUCCUCAUCUUAGGGAAUACCAGUCACCAUAUGAAAACAAUUGGAAAACUGAAGGUGUGGAGUUUGAACUUAGGACGUGGGUGUUAACCAACCAUGAAUGGUGUUAACCAACCAUGAAUGGGCCUAACUAAAGAAGCUUUGAGCUUCAUUACGUGAAAUGUAGAUUCCAACAUCUUCCCUCCUUCGAGGGACUAAAAGUCAAGAUAUUUUUCUCUCUGCCGUGUAGAUUUUGACCAUUCUUUUUCUUACAGUCUCAUGCGAGAGCCCCACCUUUAUGGAAGUGCAAUAUAAAGUCGCUGGAGUACACCUUUCACUUUCAGACCAUUACAGGAAACUAAAAUGCUCCACAGCAAUCCAUUAAAAUUCUUCUGAAUGGAUUAAGAGUCCUUGGGUUUACCAUUAGUGCAACUCGCACAAAAUGCCCCAACAUAACAUGGAGAGCCCCAGGAGCCCGUGGCAGCAGGGGCUACGUCCGCCAUGGAUCACCAGAGUGACUGGAGGCCAGAGCCCCGCCUCCUCGGGGGCGGAGUCGGAUACAGAGAGCAGCAGCACGGAAAGUGAGAGGUCCUGUAUUAAAAUGCUGGAGAUGGGCUUACUGAGGGUUUCGUCACCCUCCAUGCUCCGACAGCGAAUCACAGAGAUCGACCAACAGAAGGAAGAACUGAAGAUUGAACUGCAGCUGGAGAUCGCCCUGCUGCAGGGAGAGCUGCAGACGGAGAAGAGCCAGCUGCACAGACACACACAGAAGCUGCAGACUCUACAGCGGGAAGCCAGACAGAAGAAGAAGAAGCAGAGACACAUCGACAGACAAAAGGAACGAGAAAGUCUGGAGGAGGAAAGACGCAGGCUGGAGGAACUGAAGGGGAGGUGUGAGGCGAAGGAGAAACUGAUCCCCAGUCAGCCAGAGGGCCAGAGAGAACAGCUAACACUGCAGCUGCAGCAGGAGAAAGAAAUGAUGGAAGCGGCAGUUCGGGCCUUUGAGGACUGGGAGUUUCGUGUUCUGGAGCAAGAGAGCGCCGUUGACGAGGAGGAAGAGAGCGCGGUGGAAGAAGAGGAAGGAGAGAGUGCAGGACACAUGGAGAAUGAAAUUUCGCGUCAGCAGCAUGGCAUCAACAUUGCUCAGGAUAGAGUCCAGCAGUUGGAGAGACAGCUGAGGGAGAUGGAGAGGGAGAAGGAGAAGGAGCUGAACGCCUUGAGGAAAGAGAGGAGAGACCUGGUCCUCACAAGUCAAACCGUUCCCAAAGAGAAGAAGCCGCUUAACGAUUGGUCGAACAUCACCGGCUCGGCCCCCUGCAUGAUGUCAUUCUCCCCUUUGACAGUUAACAAGCCUCCUCAGGACCCAUGCAAAGAAUCUACCAGUUUGCCCAGAAGACGGAGCUCACAUCGCAACAACAGAGUCAGUGACAGGCCGCUGUCAGCACAGGUGUUGGUGAGGACGCUUCCAGACAGCCAGAGCCCAGAGGCUUUCACUUCCCCUCUCCCCUCCCAUAGACUCAGCAACGGGCACAGAAAUGGGACCAGCAACGGCGGUGGGCUGCUCUCUCCAUGCAGCAGUGCAACAAGUUCCCGCGCUGCCAGCCCGUCUCUGUUGGAUCUCGUGGAGAUCGAGAAGAAACUGAGGGAAGCCAAGGCAGAGAGAGAGAGGCUGCUCAGAGAAAGGGAAGAGCGACAGCAGUUGUUGGAGGAGAGAAGGCAGAAAGGGUUAAACUCUCCCAAAACAGAACCUCCGGAGCCAGAGACCCCACAAAGCCCAGAGGCUGAACCAGAUGAGCAACCAAACAGCAGCUCUCCUCCGAACGCUCCAGAGAAGGCCCUCCAGCAGAGCAGCCUGCCCCUCUUCCUCUCUCUCAACUUUGACCUCCGAGCCCACGUGGAGUCCCUGGGUCACGGAGUGACCAGCUGCACGGACCUGCGACUGACGCCUCGACGCUGCGCAGGCUUCCUGACCAAACGAGGGGGGAGGGUCAAAACCUGGAAGAAGAGAUGGUUCCUGUUUGACAUGGACCACAAACGACUAGCCUACUAUGCAGACUGUGAUGAGAGGAAGCUAAAGGGCGUCAUCUACUUCCAGGCCAUAGAAGAAGUUUACCUUGACCAUCUACGAACAGCUACUUCUUCUCCGCGGCCCAGUCUGACGUUCUGCGUGAAGACAUACGACCGUCUCUUCUUUCUGGUGGCAUCCAAUCCAGUAUCAAUGCGGAUUUGGAUGGAUGUCAUUGUCACUGCAACAGACGAGCACAGCCGUUACUGACCUCUUGUAUACAUGACUGUGCAACCCUUGAAUAAAGCUCCUGAGCGGACAUAGCAGAAAAUUAUUUCCCCAUAUCUGAGGGGCUGGUUUUGCUGAGAUCCACUUCAGGGGCUGAUUCUGUACCUGGACUCAUGCCUCUGUGGACAAAGUGCGUGAGAUGCAGAGGUGCAGUGGUUUCAGGCACUUGGAGGAGACUGUUACUUGGUGCUUGAGUGGCAGCGGAGGGUUGAGCAGCCUAAAACAGCAGUCUUUUACUGGGAGGUUUAACUCUUUGAGUCUGACCUCCCCCUGCUGGUCUGAGCCCAGCAUUACAGGACUGGUACUACACCCCAACACACUACUAACAGGGGGUGGACACGAUAAUAGCAACACCUGCCCAAUAUAAUGCAAUCCAAAAUAACAACCCAGCAAUAACUAUAACCUGUAUACCUUA